AUGAUUUCUGACAUUUUCAUUGAAAAGCAAAAUAUAGUGGAUAAUAUAAAAGAAAAAGCCUGAAAAAGGAAAAAGCAGCAAACAAGAAGCAAAAUAUGCCUCCCUAAGCAUUUAAAAUGCAGAAUAAACACUCAAUAUGAUACAGAUAAAAUUAUAAUUUUUUCUGGAUAUUCAAAGGUAAUGACAACUAUUGAUCUCAACCAUUUAAAUUCAGUAAAAAAUGCUCUUUUAUUCCCAGAUUACUUAAAUUGUCAAAUAUCAAUGUGCAAAAUCCCUAAUGAAAAGGUCUUUUGCUUUGAAAAUGUCCCUAAUUAUCACUAUUCUUUUACAAUAAACCCAGAAAAUAAAAUAGAAAUUCUAGGUCAAGGUUUGUCAUGCUAUUGCUCCGGCUCAAUUUAUUAUAAUAACUGCGUUUACUGUUUUGGUGGGGUAACUUCAGAUUGAGAAAUUCUUAGAAGAUGCGCGAAAUUUGAUUUAAAUACCAAAAAAUGGGAAUACUUUACAUCAAUGCCAACAGUUUCUACAAGAUGCUCCUGUGCUAUUUUUCAAAAUAAAAUUUUUGUAUCAGGCUAUCAUCAUCACCAUCUAUAUGAAUAUGAUCCUAUUUCUGAUUCUUAUACUGAAAUUUUAUACUAAUUUAUAUAAAUAUGCUUUUUUUUUAAAUUAAAUAUAUAAAAAAAAUAUAAUUAUUAUUAUAUAAGAAUAAUUAAUUUAAAAAACUACUUUUAUACAAAAAUAUUGUGUGCUAAUGAAAAUAUCCCUUAUUAAUAUAAGGAAGUCUUGGAUUUUAAUUUAAUUUUAAAUUAUAGGAUUUAUUAUAGUGAAGCAUAGAGUAAUAUUAAUUGAAGCUUGUGGAAAUAUCUAUGAAGCUGAUAAAUCAAAUCCCUACAAUUGAAGAAAUAUUGGAAUUUCAUAUGUGAAUCCAAGCGACCUCAUGUACUAUGGCAUUUAUUAUCAAGAUUCUUUUUAUUUUAUUAUGAAAAAUUGCAAAUUAUAUAAAUUUGAGUUUUUGACCAACAUUUCUAAGUCCAUAAAAGACGAUAUAAAAAUCAAGCUUCAUUAA